GUAACAACUUUCACUCCGCGUGAUACAGAAUAUGGCUGCCUCCUUGCAAAAGUAGAACUUUCGGCAUCUGCUUACGUGUAGAAGUGUCAGCUGUUACAAGUUGCGCAGCGCUUUUUGAAUAUCCAUUUUCUGAUUGUGUCAACAACCAAGAUAAGACAUAACUGAAGCUCCCAAUCUUUAUUCAUCGUCACUCCACGAUGUCAGAGGCUGACAAACAAGCACCCAUCAACGACAAUGAAGUUGAUGACCGAGAUGAAGAGGUGAGAGAUGAGAACCAGGAGAAUGAAGAAGGAGGCGGUGAUGGUGAUGGUGAUGGUGAUGGUCAAGCUAAGAGGGGGAACCGCAGGCAACGGAGGAACCCAGGAAAUCGUCGAAGGAGAAGAAACACUAAUGAUGAGCCUGAGGGACCCAUUGAGCCUAUCGAGAUCGGGAAAGGUACUGGUCAAGAGGUGACUAAAUGGAGCAUUAGGAAACAGGUGUGGGACUUUAUUGAGGAUCACAACCUGGCUAACUUCCCCCGACCGGUGCACCACAGGAUACCAAAUUUCAAGGGAGCAGUAAAUGCUGCAGAGAAGGUGAAAGAACUUGAAGAGUUCCAGGUGGCCAAGGUUGUGAAGGUUAACCCUGACAAGCCUCAGCAGGAUGCCAGAUUCUUCACACUGGAGUCGGAAAAGACACUGCUUGUGCCUACCCCAAGGCUUAGAGAAGGACUGUUCAACAAGAUCACUCCUCCAGCUGACUGCAACAAGGAGAUCCUGAGAACAUGCUCUACCUCACAGGGAGUUCGUGAAUACAGCACACCCAUUGGACUUGAUGAUGCUGUAAAAAUCGAUCUGGUCAUCAUUGGCUCUGUAGGAGUGUCCAGGGAAGGUUACCGUAUUGGAAAAGGAGAAGGAUUUGCUGACCUGGAGUUUGCAAUGAUGAAAACGAUGGGUGCUGUGAAUGAGAAUACAGUUGUGGUUACCACAGUUCAUGACCACCAAGUUAUCAGCAUACCUGAGCGCCUUGUGGAGGAACACGAUCUGACAGUUGACUACAUUGUAACACCAACAGAGAUCAUCAAGACAAACUGCACCAAACCAAAGCCAACUGGCAUCAUUUGGUCCAAACUUGAUCGUGACAAGCUGAAUCGAGUUCCCGUGUUGAAACUUCUGAGGAAGAGGGAGCGUGAACUGGGCACCGAUGUUAGGCUGAAGGGUCAGGAAGAAGAUGAUGGUGAAGACUAUAUCAAUGAUGAACCAGAGGAAGAAAAACGCGAAAAUGAUGAGAACUCCUACCGGCGCCGUGGUCCACCAAGACGUCGCUACCGCAACAACUACCGCCGCCCAAGGCGCAGGAGCAAUGACGUCAGGAAUUCUGAAUCAGAAGAGCAGACAGAGGAAGGAGAAGGUCAAGGCCAGGGUCAGGGUCAGGGCCAGGGUCAGGGAAGGCGUCCUCGUAAUUCAGCCCGAAGAGGUCGUAUUAAUCGAAGAUCACAUGAUCCAUCCAUCUAUGUAGGUGGGCUACCUCGGUCACUGCGUGUGAGUGAGUUCAAGGAGAAGAUACACGAUCGUAGUGUUCAACCUCUGCGUGUUGUAUGGCAUGGUGGCAGUGGCCAUGCUUUCCUCCAGUUUUCUAACAUCGAUGUAGCAGAAGAAGCCAUUCAAGCUUUGAAAGACCUUGACCUUGGAGGGCGUCAAAUUAAGGUGGAGCUCGCAAGGAGUAAUCGUGGUGAUGAGGACAGUAGAAAUGAAAACGAAGCUGAUGGCGAAGUGAAUGAUGCAGGCAGCGACUAAAACGAUUGAUUGUAUGUACAGUCGAUUCUUUACUCAUGUAACUGUUAAUGGAUCCAAGUUUUAACCACUUGGACAGAAUGUCCUUUUAAUAUGUUGAAUUCAACUGAAGCCUCAUUGAAAUAUUUUAGAUAUUGUAUCAGAAAAAAUAGCUUGUCAUAUGUCAGUGAGGUAUUUCAGAAAACUUUCCUUUUGUUGAAAAGAGCCAGUACCACGAUCCUUGACAGUUAUAUUUUCAAAGAAAGGUCGUUUUAACACUCUUGAAAGAGGAUCUGUUCUCUUUAUUUUAGAUUAUGGGCAAAGGUUUGAUAUCUUGUUUAGUGAGUUCUAAUGAAUUGUUUAGCACUGAAGGCUUAUGUAGUUUGAUGAUAAGGUUGAAACCUGAAGUUGGACAAUAAGAUCAAACAUCUAGAAAGCUUCACUCAGAUGCAUUGCAGAAACAUGAUAUAUUCUUCACUUAAUGUUUUCUAGGGUUUAUGCCUUUGGAAGGAUGGAGAGAAAAGUGUAUUAUGUUAUUUCCUGUUAUGUUUUUUCUUGCAUUUGUUGAAGCAGAAAAUCUAGCUGUUGCAUGAUUCUAUUUGUCGGUUUCAGGGUUUGGCCUGUGUACAAUAUAUUGCAUAUCAUAUGUUGCAACAUGUUAAUGGACAUUUUUCAGUUUGUAGAAUUUAAAAUAUUAUAGUUACCAUACCAUGAUUACAUAAACUCAGGUAAGAGUUUUACUUGUAUGUCGUUAAUUGCAGAUAUUGCCAUUAACGAAGUCACUGCAUAAUUUGCACACAUACUAUUUGCGUGUCAUGAAGUUACGCUUUAUGCAAACUUAGAAAAUUAUACAAUAUUUUGUCAACUCCAUUCCAGCAAUAUGUACUUCAUUUCUUUAUAACUUAGUAAUUUCAUGAGCAGACUCUUUGCUGACAGGAAUUUUUUUAAGAAAUGGUUAAAAUAUUCACGUGUUUAUAAGGUUAAUAUGUUUACCUCUCAAACAAGAUUUUGAUGACUUCAUUCUAAAUGGCCUGAUCUACAUGACACUGAUGCACAAUAUAUGCUAGUUUUUGAUGGUUCUGGGUCAAUAUGCAUCCUGGUUAUGUGAGUGUGUCUGGUUUGUUAUAAAUAAAUGCAGUACAAUGAGAGUGUGGAGAUGUUUGGAAUCUGAUCAUUUAGCAAUGAAUGAAUUUCAUAAUUUAUGUUGUUGUUAAACAGUUGUGCUUGUUUACAUAUUCGUCAUGGAUAUGCCAGCACAUUAUUUGAUUGUUUGUUAUUACAUUACUAAACGUGUGUUCAUAGGCAUUUUGUUCCCCCUGACCACAUGAAUGUCAUAGAAUCACUUAUCUAUAGACAUGAUAGAGGCCAAAAAGAAAAUUUGUUUUAGGUGCCUCUGAAGGAUUUUCUUACAGUAUUUGGAUGUAUUGUUGAAUGUGUUUAGUUCCAAUCCUUUUCAAAACAGGGUUGUUGUUUAUAUGUUCAGUUUGUGAGAUAAUGUUUGUAAAUGAGACAAAUGAAAUGUAAAAAUGUUAAAAUUUUGAAUUAACAUGUUUCAAAAUUUUAUUGCCAAGAUAUUUUUUGAGAAAGGUAGCAUUCAAACAUGCACAGGAACUGCUCAAUUACUGUUUACAUAUCCCAAUAAACCUACAGAAUUUUAUAUUUGGAAAAAUCCAUUGAUAUUUUAAAUAUCUUUUUCUCUUAAAAAGGAUUAUCGAAAACUUGUAUGUCUAAUAAAAUCAGUGCUGAUGCCUUCAUCAUUAUUUACAAAAUAAUUAUGAAAUAAGAGUAAAAUGUUUCACAAUGGUAUAUGGGUCACUUACAGUUUAUUACCUUUUUUCUGUUCACUCAUGGAAACCUGUCAUGAAGUCUCGAAUGUCACUGUCAUCACUUAGAAAUUAUUGGUCACAAGUUUGCCAUAAUAUGGAAGAAAUUAUGUCAAGGUUGUUUAUCAUAUUUGUUUUAAAUAUGACCAAUUGUCUUCCACUGUAAAAACAUCUGUUUGCCUUAAUCAAUGAAAAUUAAUUUAGUAUUUUUCAACCUCACUUUUCAAUGCAGUGCAUUUUUCUCUAAGUAGGGUGAUAGAUGGAGGCUUCAAGUUACAUUUUUUCACAUUGGCAAAACCUACUUAAGCUUGUUUGGGUUCACUUGUUUAUCUUCAUUGCGGAAACAGUUGCUUUGCUGAGAAAUUGUUUGUUGAAAUAGUGAUCCAAAGUUGUAUCAUCCCCCAUCUACCCUGUGUACUAAUUGUGUGUUCACAAAAUGUGGUGCUGAAUAUGUACUCAGUCAUCUGACGUUCUCUUCAAUUGAGACUGCAUCUAGUUAGAUGGUUAACUACUAUCUCUGAAGUUCAUGCUUUGUGACCUUCCGAUUCAGUUUAAUCUGUAUUCAGGUUUUUACUAAUGUCAGUAUGAAGUGUCUAUGCUGUGGAAAUCUCCUUAUUGAAGUGUGAGAUUGUUGAGUACAUAACAAAGUGCAACUAUCUUAUAGGCAGCCUGGAGGCAGAAUAACAUACAUACAUUUUCUCAUAGACAAUUUGCCAUCAUUUCAGUUUCUUCGGGUAUUUUGAAAUGACUAUUCACCCUACUCUUCAGUGCCUGACAACUACAUUUUCUUGGUGUUUGUUGUGGACUUCUCAUGUCAGGACAAAAUUUCUUUUUUGAAUAAACGAAAUGUACUUUUCAAAAUCAACAUAUUUUGGACAUGGUGUGCUGGUUGAAGAAACUGAUUUAAUAUUAGAGAAAUGGAAGCUGAAAGGCUUCAAGUUUGUUGGAAUUUCUUUACAUAGAUGCAUGAGUUGUGAAUGUUAACAAUAAUCAACCAUAGUCCUUCAUGUAGAACCAAUUUGAGAAGCUUUAACAUUAGCUGAGUGAACAGAUAUGAUGUAACCAAAUAUUUAUUUCAUGGUCAUUUUAGUUUAUUAACCUACACUGAAUAAGUGUUCAUUUCUCAACUUUAUGUGAAUAUAUUUUACAAAAUUGCAUGGUUUGAUGUGGCUAAUUGCUUCUAAAUCCUUUGGAAAUUACCAAGAGCUCGAUAUUUUCAUUUCUUGUUAGAGAAUGAUUACUAUGAUACAAUUUACGCACUUUCUGACAGUAUUUGUUUGACAUUCUUGCAACACUUUCAAUGAUCAUUUGCUGCAUUAAACUUUUUAGUAUUAAAUUAAAUAGAAAAUUAAUAAUUCGCUUUUUCAUUUUCUAAAACGUUGGCAUCGAUAUGAAUGCCUUUUUGUUGUCCGUUAUGUGAGACACACCCACAACAAUCCAGGCUCAAUGGUGAUGAUACUGGUCUGGCACUCAAGAAUUACUGAGUUAACCCAUAUGGGUCUAACAACUUGUUUUAACAGGGAAUUCAUGUCAAGAUUCAAUGUGGAAUAAAUGGAAAGCAUACGAGGUAGUUCUUGGUGGAGGGUCUUCAGACUUAUUCAGUUCCAUUUUAUUUCCACACUGUUCUUCCCUGUACUCACAGUAAUUGCUUGAAUAUCACUUUUGAAAUUUUACAUCAACACAGCUAUCAGAAACCAUGGGCACUGGAUGGUAGAGGGCUGAGAACUAUUAUUUGAGAAUUUACAUUGGAAUUGUUAAUGCUGUACACAGGCUUACGGGAAAGAGAAUGGUGCAAGUUGCAAUCAUUGUAAGCAAUACUGUGUCAUUUAGAUGAUUUUCUAAUGUAAUUGAAUGUUAUCUUAUUUAUAUUUGAUAUCAUUUGUGAAUAAAGUUCCUUAUUUUA